AAUGCCAUCGCAGUACGUUCGAUGCACUCGUGCCGACAGGAUCGUUGAACUAAAGCCGCGAAACCCGAGGAGGGGCCGAUAAUAAAAACACUUUUUUAUGUUACGCAACAACGAGAGCGAGGUUCGUCGCUGGCUGUUCUUUGUGCUCGCGCGCAAGUCACUUGAAGAAAACAAGGCGUUAAAGUGGCGCAGUCGGAAGCAGGAUAUUACUGGAGUGAGAGACUGCUUAAAAGAAGUUAAGAUAAAUCACGAAAAGAUUGAAGAAGGCGAAAAAGUGAUGAUAAUUUAAGUGUGAAAUCGUGGCGUGGUCGAGAACAAGCUCAAGAAGAUGCAGGCUAAUGUAGAGCACUUCCCAGUGGCGACGACGACGACGACGUUGGUUCCAAUGGUCGUUGGAUUGGAUCGCAUCAGCGGCUACGGGAUGAUGGAGGGCUAUUUGCCGAAUUACCCAACCGACACGUCCCUGUACCGCAGCUUUAGUUCCUCGGGCGACACAAGCCCAUCGUUCACGGGUCACGACGGCAGCAGUCUCAAUUACAGUUCGAGUGUUGGCGGCGGCGGUCUCGUUUCGUUCACGGAAAUGAUGAUCGACGGCGAAAGCUUUGUUCCGGUGCCCGCAGACGAUAGCUAUCUGGAUCAACGACUUCUGGACGUCGGCGUCGAGCACGCACCCAUAACGACCACUCAACCAAAUGACUCAAUCAAGCCGCAAAUCACCUCCAGCAAGUCCAGGCGCCGAAAAGCCUCCUCCACCUCAAAUAAAUCAACAAAACUAGCAAAACUAGAUCAAGACCAACCCAACCAGUCUUCAACUCCACCGAGCCCCACAGUGGUCCGGAAGCGUCGCUUAGCGGCCAACGCUCGCGAGCGGAAACGGAUGAACAGUUUGAACGUGGCCUUUGACAAGCUCCGCGAGAUCGUCCCGUCGUACGCCCCCGAGCACAAACUGUCCAAGUUCGAGACGCUCCAGAUGGCCCAGACGUACAUCAACGCGCUCAGCGAGAUGCUCGAGAAGGGAACCGAAGCCGAUGCGUACAGUCUGUUCGUGGAUGAUUCGGACGAAACAGGGGUGACAUCGCCGGAAGAUCGCCGAGAGGACUCUGGCCACGGUAGAAGCGGCAGUGAUAGCAAUAACAACGGCCACAGCCAGGACCAGAAUGUGGUGUACGAGAUUCAGAGAUAUUAUGAAGUGGAUUUUAUUUGAAUUAUGACCUCAACAGGAAGUGUGAGACUGUUUCAGAGUAGAAUUAAUAUAUGCACCAAAUAUGUAAAAAUCAAGCCAAAUCUAGUCUUAAGGCAAAUCGAUGAUACUCAUUCGGACAAUGACACGCACAUCAAUCAAACUUAUUAAACAAGUGUACUAUUUACAACAAUCUUA